CCGCAAUAGCACCAGCAACACACUCACACACCGCAGAAUAAAAUAAAUCUCACAGAACAGCAUGGACGGCGAUUUGCUGGGCGUCGGACUCCCUCCCUCCGACAACACCGCCGCCAACCRUACCAAUCACGCCGGCACCGGCGCGGAGCCGUCSUUGCUCGACKUUGCGGCUCCGCCACCCGCRCCACGGGGGARCGGUGGCGGAAGCGGUGUGGAUCUCUUCCAAUCGUUGCCGGUCCCCGUGCCGGUGCAGGCGGCUCCCCUGGACGACCUGCUGGGGUUCGGAGCACCGACGACGGSAACGACGACGACRACGGCGGCGCCCCCGGCGAACGCCGCUGCGGAGGGCCCGCUGGUCGACCUCUUUGGCGGCACGGUGCCAGCGCCACCAGCAGCGAUGGAUCCGUUUGGUGCGCAGGUCCCCGCCGCAACCGCUGCUUCCGGGCGGGACAGCUUUGCCCCGGUGGCGGCGGCGGCUGCUGGCGACCCGAUGGCGGACCUGUUCGGGGGACCRCCUCCGGCACGGCCGCAAUCGCAAGYGCCACCACUGGCGAUUCCGGACCCGKUCUCCGCUGGUUCUACGGGCGCGGUUGCAGACGAAGACCCAGGGGGUUCGGGGGAGGARUCCCCGCCCCUGCCGGCCACCGAUUCCGCAGCAACAGAAACAAAGCCCCCGCCGRCCAGCGACGAAACGGCUCCGGGCGGAACACCACCGACGCCGUUKCUCCCGAUCGAUGGAAGCRGURCCACCCCGGAGGCGCCACCGUCGUGUCAAGAAGACGUGCCCGCCGCGCCCSUUGCAGAAGGGGACGGCGCCACGCCCGGGGAGGAAGAGAARAAAGAACAGGAGUUGCCGCCGGCGUCUCUGAGUGUUCCCGAACAAGGCAGCAACAGYGGCACUAGCGCURCCGCGGMAGAACCCGCGGCCCCUUCCCCUGGCGGGGGGGAGCCGGAAAACGAARGAGAAAAGCCCAGCGGUGCCGCCGAGGAGACUGCGCUUUUGCCAGAAACCACGGUGGAAAACACCGACUCGUCAACGGCCCCUACCACCGCCRCCACGCCCAGCGGUGUCGCCGASGAGACAUCACUUUCACCAGGGAUCUCCGCAGAAACCGCGYCCRGCGGUGCCKCCGAGGAGGCAGCACAUCCACCARAGAACACCGUGGAAACCACGGACUCGUUGGCGGCCCCCACCACCGACGCUACGCCCAGCGGUGCCGCCGAGGAGACGGCUCYUUCACCAGAGAACACCGUGGAAACCACGCCCAGCGGUGCCGCCGAGRAGGCAGCACAUUCGCCAGAAACCACCGUGGAAACCACGGACUCGUUGGCAGCUCCAACCAUCGACGCUUCGCCCGAAAACAUCAGUCCUAGCGAGUCGGGGGAUGUUCCAAUCGAGACGGRCCAACAAGCCGCUAGCAGCAAUCAACAAGGCGAGGAACCGGUUUCAAACGACGAGAAACAUCCCGUGGCCUCGCCGCUUGAAAGCACCGACGAGACCACGCCCCCCGCGGACGACGYGGCAUCCGAAUCGACCGAUGGGAGCRGGAUGGAGGACAUAUCACUCGAGAUGGACCAGCAAGCCGCUAGCGAGGGACYAGCGGCAAACGAGGAUCAGAACYYCGUGGCCUYGCCAGUAGGAACCARCGAGGAAGCCGCGGAGUCUGUAAUAGCCCCGACGGGCGAUGCGAAACCAACAGAAGCAAAGACCCAGCCGCCACCCGCYGCCGCAUCCAGCCCUGGGACCCUCGGAGAUGGCAAGGGGCAGACUGCAGCGGGAACCAARCCCGGGCCUACGCCACCAGCACCGUUGGCAAGCGCUGCCAGCCGCGCCGGUGGUGAGACCGGCAAUCCCAUGAACAGCCCGAAGAUAGCCAACCGGUUCGCGAGCCUGAAGAACAUGGCCGGGAGCAUCCAGCUGCCGCAGAAAAAGGCGGGAGCCGCGAAUCGAUUCGCGAGCUUCAAGAGCAUGGCGGGGAAAGUCGGGGCCAAGGCAAAAGCAGAACUCGCCAAGGGAAAAGCGGAGCUCGCCCCGAAGGUCUCCCAGCAGCUCGCGGGGGUGCAGCUGUCGAAACGCCUCGCGAACGUGGCGGAUUGGGCCGAGGGCAACACCAAUCCCGGCAGGCCGAACCGCAACGCUGUUCCGUCGAAGGAUGCGGCCCAUCCUCCCAGAAGCGCUCCCCCUUCUGCUGUYCCUAAACCCCAGCCGCAAACCGACGCCAAGACUCCUCCCGCCCCCGUCGUGGCCGAGCUUCCUGCCGAGUCCACCGCCAAUCUCUCCUCGACAAUCUCCCAGACAGGCAUUUUGCGGGGCGAUUCGGAAGGUUCCGUGCCGACGCCAUCCGCUCGGCAGGCUGGAGUUCUCGGUGCAAGCAACGCCGAUGCGCAAAAAGCGAUUGCAUCAUCGAACACGACUGCAUUUGCUGCUCCAGARCUGUCAAAAACUGGGCAAGCAUCGCUGCCAUCGCAAGAGGAGCACCCAUCGCCUUUGAAUACGCCGCAUGAGCCAAACGAAGAUGCCAAAGAUACAUCAGAUUCGAACGAGGUUGUACUUACUGAUUCUACACAAUCCRUUCCAUCACCAUUCGUGGAGGAAGAAUGUUUAGCCCAAUCAUCAUCCAGUGCAGUCGAUACGGAUGAUGCACUGAAGACCGAAAAAUCUUUUAUGAGCAGCGAGGGAUCAGSAGACRACGACACAUUAUCAUCCCCCAYCYMAAAUGAACCUAUGAAAAGUCCUCCUGUAAGCGACCAAUCUUCUUCUAAAGACGAUGGCAAUCCAUCUUCGUCCGAGAUAGAAAUCCAGAAAGAAACAMAUGGAAAGAACGGCGCGACGGAAACUCAUCCCGCUGGAUCCAUACCCUCACAAUCUACACCCCCGUCCGAUCAGAUCGAGGUGCUCCAGAAAGARCUGCAUGCCGCGCACACCCUGAUCAUGCAGCUCCAACACCACGAGAAUGUCGAGGAAGAGCGACCGGGGGAUGCGGUGAUGGUGGAGCUCCAGGCCAGCCUACAAAAAGAAAUGAACCGCCGGGCCGAGGCCGAGGAGAAAGCACGUGUUGCCAUGGCGCAAUCCCAGAGGAUCGGAGAGGAAUACAAGCUCUUCAAGAUCGAAUCAAAAGCCAACCUGGACGAUCUGACHAAUAAACUCGAAWCCCUGACCCAAGAAAAGGACGCAUUUGAGAAGGAGCUGAUAGACAUUCGCGAGGAGCGUGACGAACAGGCUCGGAAGGAAAUGGCUCUGACGACGCGCCUGAAUGCGGCGAAAAAGAAGGAAGCCGUGAAAGCAAACGCUGCCGAACACUACGAAGAACAAGUAGACCAAUUGGAAUCUUCCGUGAAAGACUACAAAACCCAGGUCGAAUCAUUGUCGGCGGAGCGCACACAGCUGCAAGAGGAACUGGAAGAAUGGAAGCAAUAUGCCGAGAAGCGCACGGAGCAGCUCGAAAACAACCUGAAAGACGAAAAGAAACUCAACGACGAACGAAAGCGGAAGAUGAAAGCUUUUGUCGAGGCCAAGACGGAAGAGGUGCGCCUGGCAAAAACAGACUAUUUGUCGCUGCAAACGGAAAUGGACCAAAACACGCACUCUCUCAAGGAACUCAACCAGCGAUACAAACAACUCCAUGCGCAGUGGGUGCAAUCGCAGACCCGAAACCGCGAGCUGCAACGCGAUGCAAUGAAAAUGAAGAAAGACUCGGAAAAGAUGCACAAGGUAGGGGACUCAUUGGAAGCCCGGUUGUCUCGUUCCGCGCAACAAUCCGAAGACCACAAAAACAAGCGCAUCCACGCACGAAACGAGCUGAUGUCGGUCCUGGGGCAACUGGAGGCAGAACGAGCCGUUAACAGCCGGUUGCAAGAGUCCAUYAAAUUGACCCUCACUCCGAAGGCGCUGUCGCAGCAGCAAACGAUCCGGGAAGCCCUAGACGAAUUCGAGGGAGCCCUGCAAAAGUUGUCGGUCCGUAUCGGACGCCCUUUGCCGCCACCCAUGUCGAACAGCGCACCGGGUGGGUUCAGCGACGUCCAAAGCACGGACGAUGGGUCCAUCGGUAGGAAUCCAACGAGUGGCGGAACCGCCGACGGGGAGGAAGGCAGCACUCCGUCGGGCGCUGUGUCCCUCUCCGAAGUCAACACGAACCGAGCCAUUCAGCAACUCGAGAAYGAGACCCAGCGUGUCAGCCAGAACAUAAUGGACUUUUCUGCCGGCAUCGAACGCAUGAACAAUUUGCUAAACGGUCCCGGUACGAGGAACUGCGUCGAUGUCCUCUCGCAGCUGCUCUCGAUCAAUGGCACUCCUCCGCCCAUCGGCGAACCAUCCCGUAGGGGUGUUACGAGGGGAGGGCAGCGCUACGGCCAAAUCUGAGGGCCGAUCCAAGACCGCCGGGGACGGUGCAUGCUGUAUUGGUAAAUGCUACCGACACGCGAAAGUCCGAUAUGGUUUUUGUCGCAAACAAUCAACCAACUAGCUAAAUAGAAGACACUAAAAAAG